CACGAACCCUCACCCAGAGCCAGGGAGCUGGCUCCGUUCCUUGGCAACAUCUUGAGGAAUCCAGUCGCUGCACACAGGCUCCCUUCCUCUCCCCUCCCACCGCCUUCCUGCCUGCUGCCUGCGGGGGACGGGGGGCCGGGAGGCGGAGGCGGAGGCAGAGAGAGUCAGAGGCAGCGGAGCCCCAUUAUAAAUCCCAGCAGAGCUCAGGCAGCGAGCAGACAGCUCUGAGCUUCAACGAGGGCCCCUGCCGCCUUCUCUGCCACCCUCCAACCCCGGACUCCCAUCUGCCCUCGGCCAUGGCUCUUCCACCUCUCUCAUGGUUGCUCCGCUUGGCUGCCUUCUGCCAUCUGACCAUGCUGCUGGCCGGACAACAACGUGGUGUGAAUAAAUGCAGCAUCCAGUGCAGCAAGAUGACCACCUCGAAGAUCCCCGUGAAUCGUCUAGUCCAGUACCAACGAAAUCAAGAAUCAUGCAACAGACGUGCCAUCAUCUUGACAACUGUGAAGGGACUAUUAAUCUGUGCUGACCCAAAGGAGGAAUGGGUCCAGAAAGCCAUGGAGUAUCUAGACCGCCAGACUGCUGCUCCGGCUCAAAAUGGCGGCACGUUUGAGAGGCAAAUCGGUACGAGUGAGCCCGCGACCACCCCAGCCACCAGAGGAAUGGACAGGUCUGCCGUCUCCCAGACCAAAGUCACAGGUGAAAGCAGUAGCCAGGAGGCACAGAGGGCCUUCGAGACUUCCCCAGAGCUGCCAACAGAAGUGGCUGAUUCCAGGGGAACCAGAUCCCCCUCCACAUCAGAGGCUCCAGAUGGAAGGCCCGAGAGAACUGAACUUUUCAACGAGGCUGCCAUCACCACCACCACGUCUUGGCAGAGUUCUACUGCCUACCAACCUGGGUCAGGCCUCUGGGCUAAGGAGAAAGCCUCUGAGGCCCCCUCCACCCAGGCCCCCCCCACCCAGGCCCCCUCCACCCAGGCCCCCCCCACCCAGGCCCCCUCCACCCAGACCCCCGCCACCCAGACCCUCCCCACCCAGGCCCCCUCCACCCAGGCCUCCUCCACCCAGGCCCCUACUAUUUCACAUGCAGCCCUGGAGAACAACACCGGGUCUGAAGGCCAACCUGUGUGGAUCAAGACACAGUACCCCACUCCAGAGAACUCUCUAGGGCCCAACGAGAUGGGUCCCAUUUCAACUCCCAUGGAUGCUUUUGUGGGGACUGGCAGCACGCCGGACAUCUUCGUGGUCCCUGUCUCCUCCGAAGGGGCCCCCAGCAUGGAUCCCCUGCUGUUGGGCAGCAUGGCCCCCAGAGCCGAGGAGCCCAUUCACACCACAGUGGACCCCCAGAGGCUGGGCAUUCCCGACUCCCAGGCAGCCACCCGGAGGCAGGCAGUGGGGCUGUUGGCCUUCCUUGGUCUCCUGUUCUGCCUGGGGUUGGCCAUGUUUGCCUACCAGAGACUGCAGGGCUGCCCCCGCAAGACGGCAGGGGACACGAUAAAUGGGCUUUGCUAUGUCCCCCGGAGCUGUGGCAGUAACACAUAUGUCCUGGUGCCAGUGUGAGCUGCCCACCUGCCUGCGUCCAGUUGCUAGAUUCAGCUUCCUGGGGUUGUCCAUUUUCACACCCACCCUCACCCAAGGGCCUGGCCUGAGCUGGGAUGAUUGGAACAGGGAGGUGGGAUCCUCCAGGUUGGACUGUUCUCAGCUCCUGGAGGCCACUCUUGGCCGUUCCUGACCUGCUGGAGACAAAGAGGGUGGCCUCCACAACUCACUCCAACGUCCCGAGUCAGAAAACUCCCCUCUGCUGUUGGCUGUUUAGAGAGGGUCCCUUAGACACCAUGCCAGCCCCAGUGAACAAUUAUUUCAUUGACCACCCAGCUCCUCUGAUCACCGUCCCCCUGUGGGUACCAUGGUCAUCCCAUCUCAUAAACAAGCCUCAGGCCAGGCCCCUUCUGCCCCCUCCCUCAGACUUGAUCAUGUCUUUUGGCUCCGGCUGCGGUUGCCAGUCACCCCAGCUACCUGCGGUGCUAGCUCCCUGACCCCUUGUACAGACCCCUUCUCCCCAGCCGGGGGCCUAUCUUUUCUUGCAUGAGGCUAGUAUGGUGUGUUUCCUGGGACUGCUCCCAGCAGAGGAUCUGCUCUCAGUUAGACAUCAUGAGAAUGGAAGAUGAAGUUAUCUGGUGGCUCUGAUUUUUUUCCCUCCUCAAUCUGUGCCAUGUGGUGGAGGAACAUUGACUAUGAGCAUGAAGGCUGCGGGUCUAGUCCCAGGCCCACCAAGGCAUUCGUACCUCGUUUCCCAUCUGUAAAAGUGAAGAGGGAUGGCAAAUAUGUGGCAAUAACCCAUACUUCUGGUAGGCAUCACUCACUGAUCCAGAGACCCCUUUCCCCAGACCCUGGGCGCAGUCGUAUAACCUUCAUCAGCAGAGCACCUUAGCCAGCUCUACCAACUGAUGAGACUGGCAAGUUGGUGAACGCUGUGACCUGGUGGGCCUGCAAAGGAGAGAUUUGGUAGCGCAGGGCCUGCCCUACUGCGGGAGUCAGCACUGAGGGCCCCCUGGGAGGGGACUGGGCUGGGGCACUUGAGGGGCAGAGACCAACUCUGUAGGCACCUCCCUGGCUUUGAGAACAGCCCCUCCCUGUGUCUGCCUGGCUCAAAGGGACACUGAGACAGCCCCGCAAGCAACAAGUGACAGGAUGAAGGAGGAGGGGAGGCCCGCAAGCUCCGGGAAAGGAGCCGGGGAGCAGCUGCAGGGACCAGCCACCCUCCUUCGUUAGGGACAUUUGCUCUUUCUUUCAUGUGGCCUGGGUCCCCUUCCACCUUUCCUGCUUCCCAAAUACACUGUUCUCUGCACUCCGAGACCUCCUGCCCUCCCCUUCACCCCUACCACAGGCAGGGCCAGGAAUUUCCGUGAUGUUUUCUAUGAGAUCAGAAUCCACCGUGGAAACCAGAGGUUCCUGUGCAGAGGGACUGGCUGGGGAGGGGAAGUUGUGGACAUAAAGUCUGGGGUUCCGUUUUUGGCUGCCAAUGACAAGGGCAGGCCUGGAUGGGGCCGGAGUCUCGCUGGGUGGGUCAGCACCCCCCGGCCAGAGCUGGACUUGCAGGUCUUACCCCUCAGGGUCCCAGGCCAUAGCUCCCCAUCUGCCUCUAAUUUUCUCUGAAGGAGUUCUUUGCCCCCCACCAGAGGAGCCUCCCAUGGCCUAGGCUUCCCCCAGGUAUGGCUGACACUUUUUUGCAGAUGAGUGCUAAGAGAAAGCACAUACAGCUUGGGUCCACAGAGAGAGGGGGCCGCAUCGCCCUGCCCACCUGGCCCUCCUGCAACCCCCUGCAGGGCAUGGCAUGGAUGUUUGGGCCUGGCUAGAGUUGGGGGCACUCUGACAGCUCAGAGAGAAGGACUGCAGGUCUGAAUGCACUUUUUUGGGCCCCUCUUGGCUGGGAGCCUUCAAGAAGGAGGGCACCUGUGGGGCUCCCCUCUGUGAGGAAGCAGCUGGGGGCAGUGAGUCCCCCUUCCACAGACUUUGUGAGUUCCCCCAAGCAGGACAGGGACAAAGACAAUUUGGGGAGGACUUUGGAAGGAGUUGGUUGGUUGAUCCUUUUGCUUUUCCAACCCUAUCACCAAUGUCUGUGCCAUUUUGUAUUUUCCUAAUAAAAUAGAGAAGUUGAGAAUCAAAUAAA